AUGGACAAAAACAAGUCAAGAUUGGUUGCUUUAGAAAGAAAACAGAAGUAUGGACAAGACUAUGCUGAAACAUUUUAUCCAGUGGCAAAGAUGACCACUUUUAGGACCAUCUUGGCAGUAGCAGCAAUGCAAGACUGGUAUGUGUUUCAGAUGGAUGUAACCAAUGCCUUCCUACAUGGAGACUUGUAUGAAGAUGUGUACAUGAAACUGCCUCAAGGUUAUACUGGAAUAGGGAGCAGAAUCAAACUGAAUGAUGAUGAUGAUUGUGUUGUGCCUCAGAAAGUUGUGUGCAAACUCAAAAAAUCCAUGUAUGGCUUGAAGCAAGCUCCAAGACAAUGGUUUGCCAAACUUUUAGAGACACUAUUUAGAUUUAGUUAUAACCGAUCCAAGUCAGACUACAGCUUGUUCACAAAGACAAAUGGUCAAGAAAUCACCUUGAUAUUGUUAUAUGUUGAUGAUCUUAUGAUAUGUAGCACAAACCAGACAGAAAUUGCAACUCUCAAAGAAAUGUUGUCUAAGUCAUUUCACAUGAAAUACCUUGGAGAAUUGUCCUACUUUUUAGGUCUUGAAGUAUUCAGAUCCUCUUCUGGUUUCUUUGUGUCUCAAAGAAAAUAUGCCUUGGAUCUACUCAACGAACAUCAGAUGGUUGAUGUAAAACCUGUACAACUUCCCAUGGAAUCAAAUCUGAAACUCACCACAGACAAGGGAGAGCUACUUCCUUCCCCUACUCCAUAUCAGAGGUUGUUGGGUAGGUUGAUCUACAUGUCCAUUACAAGGCCUAACAUUUCAUUCAUUGUCCAACCCUUGAGCCAAUUCAUGCAUCAGCCAAUGUCAGUUCAUAUGCAGGCUGCCAAAAGGCUACUGAGAUACAUUGCUGGUACUGUCAAUCAAGGCAUAUUGCUUGCUUCCACCUCUGCAGCCACACUUACAGCUUAUUGUGACAGUGAUUGGACUGGAUGUCCAAUAUCAAGAAGAUCAACCUCAGACUAUUGCAUCUUCUUGGGAAAAUCACCUGUUUCUUGGAAAGCAAAGAAACAAUCAGUUGUGGCUAGAUCAUCAGCUGAAUACAGGGCUAUGGCCUUGACCUCUUGUGAAGUAACAUGGCUGACAUAUUUAUUGAAGGAUCUUGGUUUGUCUUCUCUACCACCUGCAGUGCUAAAAUGUGACAAUCAAGUUGCUCUCUAUUGCUGCUAG